GACUGGAAGCCUAGGGGAGACCAAGGAUCAGAGCUCACCCUCCCAUGACCCUGGCAGGAGCUGGGAGGCAGAAGGUGGCAGCUUCAGCAACAGGAUGUCCACAGUACACGAGGACACAGAAUCUAUAUUCCUGCUCUUCAAAAGACUCAAAUUGGACAUUUCAGGUGCAAUAAAAGAUUUAUUUCCUUUUCUAGAGGUACUCCGUGACUACAAUUCCAUCAGCAAUAAACAGUAUGAAGAUUUUCAAGAAUCCUGUACAAACCUGAUCCCUGUACGAAAAGUGGUCUACAGAGUCUUGGAAGAAUUGGAAAAGAAACAUGACCUGGAGGCUCUAGGGUUAUUGUUCUGUAAGCAAAAUAUGAAGGCAUACCCUGAUUUGGAACACAUUUUUGAAAGAUUUAAAAAUGUCUUACCACAAAACAAAUUAUGGUCCGGAGAAAUUGACAGAAGGGACCCGAACUCACAGCUCAGUCUUGAACAAGGACCUGGUAACAGCUGUACUCAAGAAAGUCUGACUUGGAAACGCUCAGGUCCCUCCUCAUCUGAUGGCUGGAGAAGUAAUGAUGGAGAAAAUACCACACUCACUCAGGGAAACCAAACUGAGAAUCAUCAAUUCUCCAUCCCCCAGAUUCACAAUGCUGUGAGUUUAUCUGAAAAUGGACUAUCAGAAGACCUCAAUGGAACAGUAAAGAUUAACCACAUAAGAGGAGAUACCACCAGCAACGACACUGAUGGACUGCAAAGGUCCCAAGCAGCCGUACCACCAGGCCCAGAUUCUGAGCUGGAGGAGUCCUGUGAACUAAAAGUUCAACUGAGUGACAGAGACGCAGGCCUGGAGCCUCACAUCCCAUUGCCCUGCAACAACAAAAGAGCAGAGCUACCUGGCCAUGGAAUCAAAAUUUUCCCUUGUCCUGUGAAUCUGGUAAAUAUAAAGCAAGAAAAUUCAUCAGUUUUCUUGAGUGGUGAACAUCAAACCCACACAAGGACCAGCCACAAUCAGGCCUCUGAGGUAAUAGACCUUACCGGAGAUAAUUUUGAUGAUGAAAACAUCUUCUCAGAGGAAUCCACCUCAGUCACCUGCCAGUCAAGUAAGGAAACCCAGAGAGCAAGACAGGCUGUGGGCAUCUGCUCUCAAGAGCCUGAAAAUUCCAGAAAUCCUCCUACAUUCAUAAACAUACAUAGGAGAAGAGAUACGUCUGAUACUAAGAGCUCGAGCACCAGGAAAAGACAAAGAAAGACAAGACGUAAGAACAAUUUAAAAUUCUAG